AUGAGGACUUUUAUGAAUCGCCAUCCGAGACUUUCUUUACGUAAACCGGAAAACACAAGCGUUGCUAGGGCAUCAGCUUUUAACAAGUACAAUGUCGACGUUUUCUUCAAUAACUAUGAAGAGGUCCAAAGGAAAUAUAGCGUCGAACCAAGUAAUAACCAGAUACGUAUCUGGAAUACCGACGAGACGGGCGUGUCUACAGUAAUGCAAGCUCCUAAGGUUAUUGCUGAAAGAGGAAAAAGGGUUGUAGGUCAAUGCGUAUCGGCAACGGGUAAAACAAUUCCCCCAUUAUAUAUUUUUCCACGUGUUCGAAUAAAAGAACAUUUUUUACACGGUGCACCACCUGGAUCAGUAGCCUUUGGCACAAAGUCUGGUUGGAUGACAACAACAAUAUUUGUAAAACUGUUAGAGCAUAUAAAAUAUCAUACCCACAGCAGCGCAGAGAGCCCGAACCUCUUACUUCUUGACAACCAUGAAACACAUGUGUCAGUGGAUGCAAUUAAUUACGCAAGAAAUAAUGGUAUCGUUUUAUUGUCCUUCCCACCUCACUGUACCCACAGCAUGCAACCCCUAGACAAAGCGGUCUAUGGGCCUUUCAAGCAGAGGUGCAAGGUGUCAUUCAAUAAUCACCUCCUUAGCAUUCCUGGAAAACAGAUAACUAUAUAUGAGGUUGCAAAAUUAACGGCUGAACCUUUUUUACAGAGCAUUACCCCAAAGAAUAUAGUAAACGCAUUUUCUUCUACUGGACUCUGGCCCAUAAAUAGACUUAUUUUUACCGACGACGAGUUUUUUGGAGCAUACGCCACAGAUCGUCCAGUUCCCCAGGACAAAGAAAAUCAAGAAACUACCAUAUCUUUGUCAGUAUACGACACUCCCAGUACAUCGUCGCAAAUUAGCAUGAUUGCACCUGAUGUUAUCAAUCCAACAUCAGCAAAAACUUCAAUUUCUUCACUUAAAAACGAUGACACAGAAGAAAUCACUUUGAUGAUGCGCUCUUUACUCACCGAAAUUGUUGAUAAAGUUACACAACUAUCGAUAAUCAUACUUUCAAAUAUUUCCGUUAAACCUGCAGGUAUUAAACCGUUUCCCAAGGCGGGAGCGCGAAAAACUAACAGAAAAUCGAUGUUGGGAAAAUCGAGAAUUUAUACCAGCACUUCUGAGAAGACCAGAGUUGAAGAGAUGGAAGCAAACCGCAAAACGAAGGUUAAAAUCACCGGAACCAAAAAGAAGAUAUCUAUGGAUGAAGGAAUGGAAAUAAAACGAGAUAUGAAUAUUGCUAAGAAGAAACCUAGAAAAUGUAGACCCAAAGAAAUGCAUUCUUCAUCAUCUGAAUCAGAUCUGGAGCAAGAAUUAAAAAUAAUUAAAUUUAACACUUAUUCGUCUGAUUCUGAUGUUGAGAUGGAUCCAUCAGAUGUUGAAGACUUUAACAAACUAUUAGAUUAUGUAGAGAUCGCCUGCGAUGAUUUUGUCUUGGUGAAAUUUGCGACAAAAGAAAAACAUCAAUCACUAUGUUGGACAGGAUUCCUAAGAAAUCUAGCUAGGUGUUUGAAAACCCCUGAAAAUGUUCAGUACUAUCUAAACAUACAGUCAAAUUUUGAACAACCAGGUACGAGUUCUGUUCCCAGUCAAGAGGAUAAUAUCGAAAUCGACAAUGACGACAACAGCAGCGGCGCCGAAGAUUAG